CGGAAGGAUGGGCCGAGGCUCGCUGAGGGGCACUUCUUCCUAUCCAUCCUCUUUCCUCUCCGCUUUUGCUUCUCCUACUCCUCUUCACUUUCACCAUGCGGAAGCUGUCGCCAUCUGGACUACGCAACCUGAGCAGAAGAGAUCCAGAGAUGUCUUGGCUCGAGCUCCUCGGGCAUGCCGUUACUACCGGGCAUGCAGCCCGGAAACCUUAGCACGUUGCCCGCCUUCCUGAGUUCGGCCGUUGCUGCCGAAGUUGAGAGUUUAGACCAGAUCCACAGAAUACUGGAGCAGUAUAUCGUCGUGCUGGCCUCGGCUUCGCCAAGAAGGCUUGACAUUAUUGGCACCGCUUGUGAUUGCUGUUGUCUCCCGACCUCCAAAGAGGAGGAAAUCGCCGAAAGCAAAAAAGAGGAGUGGAGGAACGACUCACCAGCGACCUACGUAAUGCAGCUUUCUGCAGUUAAAGCCAGCGAUGUCUCAGAUAAGAUUUUUAAGGCUUCGCAAAGUGGUGACUCCUCUCUGGACUCACUCUUGACUUUCACCCAGAACGAUUGUGCUGUCAGUGAUCUCCUGAAGUUCCGUAACGGAAUUGUGGUCGUAGCGGCAGACACGACCGUGUGCGUUAUGCCUGCAGAAGAUGACGCCACACCCGGCGUGAUUUUGGACAAGCCGCUGACUGAGGAUCGGGCCAAGUCGACGUUGAAACAGCUUUCUGGAAACGCUCAUGCGACGCUGACUGGGGUGAGUUGCAUGUUGCUGAAACGGAUCAGCUCUGAUGGCAGACUUGGUGUAGGGGCGAACGUUUUCCCUACUUUCUGCGCUCGGAGCAACGUGAUCUUCAAGCCCUUGACGGAUACCCUCAUCGACGCUUACGUAGCGACGGGCCUCCCCCUCGACAAGGCGGGCGCAUACGGGAUCCAGCACGAUGUCGGACUUGCCGGUGGGGAGUUCGAUCUGAUAGAGCGGCUGGACGGUUCUUUUCUAAACGUGAUGGGGUUUCCACUGGGCCAGUUCGCCAAGGAGGCCAAGGCAGCUUUGCCUCCUCAGGGUGUCGGCAAGCUGGCUGAGGCGGCAACGGGAUGAGGCGGUAUGACCUCUCCAGGCCUGCAGCGAGGAUCUCGCUGUGGCGUCGGCCGUGGCCUUCGCAGAGAGAGAGAGAGAGAGAGAGAGAGAGUGCGGUGCUGCGAGGUGCCGUGGGGUCGUUGCGGUGGCGCAGCGCAUUCCGUCACGCCGCAGCUCUUGGCAGGCAGGGCGGCUUGGCCUGUUCAGCACGGAGGGCAGGGGUCA